AUGAAUCCCCUCAACCUGACCAAUAUUGAUAUAACUUCCCAUGAUUUCCACACAAUGCGACUUUUCUAUACCUCUAUGGAACAAGUCCACACUCUGCUGGUUCUGCUCAUCGCCCUGGUGGUCCCUUUGAUGAUGGUGCUGAUUUUGGUGCUAGUGUAUAAACUGCAUGCAAUGAGAAGACGGGUGAUCCCUUCAGUCCGGCUGGAAGAGGAGUUCUCCGAUUACGAUUUGUUUGGCGCUUGGGCCAAGGAACAUUUGAUUUUGGACGUGUAA